UGGAUAAAGUUGAAACUAAUAUUAAAAUCAUUAUUAUCAACGUUACUAUAAAAGUUGCAAAAAUCCUGUUGCGAAUUAUGGAUCAUUGGAGAUGGAUUGAAAAUAGUUAUUUUCCUCAUUGGCUUAUCGCAUCGGAAAUAUAAGUGCACAGAAUUAGAUCGCGAGUUCUGUCGCGAAAUGUAGGUCGUCUGAAAUCUCUUUGUCACACUUGUUACACAUCAAAUUACACGCAGCGCUAUUUGGCUCCGAACUCCGUCCUGAAUUAUAGAUCGUCUAAAAUGGGUUUGAGAGUUACUCCCAUCGAAAUGAUAGAAAGAGAAUGAGAGGGCGAGAGUGAAAGAAAGGAAGAUGAGGCGGAGGGAGGGAGAAGGAAACAGUCUGUGAGAGAGAGAGAGAGGGGAACAACGUGAAGUAGAGAGCGCGUGCCGACGCGCUUGUUGGUUGCUCAGCUGUUUUGAAGAAUCGACGACGCAGCGGAACUGGCCGUGACUCGGCGCGGACCACUGCAUUCACGUCCAAACGCAAACAGAUGUGGAGUGACUGUCCAAAUUUCUGACACAUCUCGGCCACACGGGCAUUUUCGCGCGGCGAGGAACACGUCCCUUUCGCACAUAAGCGCGCGACAGUGACGAGGUGCGAAUCCUCGAGCCGAGGCCAAGCUGAGCUAGUUCUUAAAGGGAACAACGAACAGAAUAAAGGGAUCGCCAUGAGCGAGCUGAGCCAGGAAGAAAUGAGGAAGAGGCGGUUAGCCCGUCUAGCAGGUUUGAAUACUAAUAAUACAGCUGCUAGUUCGUCUACCACUACUGCUCCAAUUUCUCCAAGUACUCCAGGACCAUCAAAGGCAUUUGCAGGAUCAAUGAUAUCGCCAUCGAUUCAGCAACAGUUACAGCGUGUUGAUGUACCGAUGGAAGUAGAAGAGAGUAGCGAUAAGCAAUGCAACAGUUCUGGGAUAGAUGUGGAUUCCGGGAUCGAAAAUAUGGAAGUUGAUGAAUCUGACAGGAAAGAUUCAAUACCGAGAUCACGUACAACGAGUUCUAGCAUAGAAGUCACAACAGAUAACAUACAUGCUGUUAUAUCACGUGUCCUGUGCAUAUCAUGGAAGAGUUCUGCGGAAGGCAGCUGCCGCAUGUACCUGCCGCAAACAGCGGAAUACACACAAAAGCAGAGGCAAUUGGAUUUUAGCGACAUCAUCAAUCAGGCCUUGAUGGAAGUUUUGUGCAUGUUCUCGAGAGGGGAAGACCCUUUGAAAGAUAUUACGGUGGACAUGUCGUCAGAUCGUGAAGAUAGUCCCAAUAGCCAAACGAGUCCUUUGUUAAGUCCCGUCGUGACUCUCCCAUCUUACCAGUUACCGGCCAUGCCGUUGCCCAUAGGCAACAAGUCGUCGCAACCGAAAAGCUUAACUUAUUUAUUAGACUGUUACUCGAGAAUUGCAAUCGAGGAAAGAAAUCAUCCGAAGCGAUCUAGCAUACCGCCCCUGUCCGACGUGUUGACGGUUUUGAGGAUGCAGUGUGUUCAGUAUUCCAGCCUCGUUUUACAAGGGCUGGUUGGCAUUUGUGAGACUUCACUCGUACCCAUGUGCACCACUCAUCUUCUGUAUCCGAUAUUAUCACAAGGCUUACCACGGGGUUAUCUCCACGAACUCGUGGCUAGGACACAUACGAAUCCAAGUGUAUUUAACAAGAUAUUCAACCCAGUCCUCCAAGGCCUGUAUCUCUCAAUGCAGCAAGCAAGUUUGGUCGGCAAUACGCAUAGAAGACCGAUCGAGGCACUGGAGGAGCUGAUAGAGAUCCGUUGUGGACCGAGCGGCAACAUACGUCCGAUUUGCCGUUUGAUCACGAAUCAAAUUCAAUUUUUGCCCGAUGUUAUGACGCCAGCUGCCGGUAGGGAGUUCACCAGGACCUCGUUCCUGGGGCCGUUUCUUUCGGUGUCGGUGUUCGCCGAGGAGCAGCCUAAAGUGGCGGAGAAGUUUUUCAGUGGCAAUCCCCUCACGGACAAAUCAGUGAAUCUGACGUUGCAGCAAGAGUUGGAGAGCACCAGAACAUCGUUACACAAGAUGUUCCACGCGAUACUCGCAAACAGCAAUUGCCGUGACGUCACCCUGGCGUAUCUGGCAGCGUUGCUGCGCCACAACGAGAAACGCGCGCAGAUACAGACGGAGGAGUUCACGCUGGCCGGUGACGGAUUCAUGUUGAAUCUGCUGUCGGUCCUUCAGAUGCUUUCUGUAAAAAUCAAGUUGGAGACCGUGGAUCCUCUGUAUCCGUUUCAUCCCUCCAGUUUCAUCGAGAUCAAGAACGACACAAGACUGAAACUCACGUCGCAAGAGGUUGCGGAUUGGCAGAAGCAUUUGGAGAAGACACAUAAGUGGACGGAGGCGAAAUUCCCAACUCAAUGUUGGUUCCUCACGCUGCACUGUCACCACAUCGCGCUGCUACCGGCGCUGCAGAAGUAUCAGAGGAAGCUGCGGGCGUUGCGCGACUUACAAAAGAUGCUCGACGAGCUGCAAGCCACGGAACCUCAGUGGAAGGACAGUCCCUUCGCGGAACACAAUAAGGACCUGAUCAAGCAAUGGAAACAGCAGUUGAAGCGAUUGGUCAAGUCUAAAUCGUGCGCGGACGCAGGUUUGAUAGAUCCCGUCCUGUUGAGAAGAUGCUUACACUUUUAUAUAUCCGUGGCGGAAGUUCUGCUAAGUCUUUUGACGCAAACUACCCCGGGCCCCGGUCUUCUUCCCGAACUUCCGCUAUCUCAAGAAGUUACGUGCAAAUUUACUGCACUACCGGAAUGGUACGUGGAGGAUAUAGCAGAAUUCUUGUUGUUCACGCUGCAAUUUUGUCCAGGAGUAGUGGCAAACAAUAUGGACAACUCGCUUAUCACUUGGUUACUGGUUGUCGUGUGUACGCCGCAUUGUAUACGAAAUCCGUAUUUGAUCGCGAAAAUUAUCGAAGUUCUCUUUGUGAUAAAUCCUAGUGUUCAGGGGAGAACAGAGACUCUUCAUGAUAAAGUUAUGGCACAUCCCAUAUCGAAGACACUUCUGGCGUCAUAUCUGAUGAAAUUUUAUACCGACGUCGAGACUACUGGCUCCAGCUCCGAAUUUUACGACAAGUUCUCAAUACGUUAUCACAUAAGUCUGAUCCUGAAGUCAAUGUGGGACAGCCCGAUACAUCGCGCAUCCAUCGUCAAUGAGAGCAAUAACGGCAAGCAAUUCGUCAAGUUCGUUAACAUGCUAAUGAACGACACCACCUUCCUGCUCGACGAGAGCUUGGAAUCCCUAAAACGUAUACACGAGGUUCAAGAACUCAUGUCGGACACUAGUGCGUGGGCCGCGCUCGCCCAGGAGCAACAGCAGUCGCGAACGAGGCAGUUGGCGGCAGAUGAGAGACAAGCCAGGUCCUAUCUUACACUAGCCAAGGAAACGGUUGCCAUGUUUCACUAUUUGACGGUCGACAUUAAAGAGCCGUUUCUACGGCCGGAACUGGUCGGGCGAUUGUGUGCCAUGCUAAAUUUCAAUUUGCAACAGUUGUGCGGACCUAAGUGCAAAAAUCUGAGAGUGCGGAAACCGCAGAAGUACGGAUGGCAACCAAGGACGUUACUCAGUCAAUUGGUUGACAUAUACUUGCAUCUUGACUGUGAUAAUUUCGCGGCCGCUUUGGCCAGUGAUGAACGCUCGUUCUGUAAAGAGUUGUUCACCGACGCUGCGAGCAGACUAGAGCGGUCUGCGAUCAAGACUACCACGGAAAUCGAGAGGUUCAUUGCCCUUGCAGAGCGUGCAGCUAUAAUUGCGAGGGACAACCGCGCACGAGAUGCGGACUACGGUGACGCCCCUGAGGAAUUCCGCGAUCCAUUGAUGGACACUCUUAUGGAGGACCCGGUCAAACUACCAUCUGGUAUCGUUAUGGACAAAGCAGUUAUCAUUAGGCACUUACUCAAUAGUGCUACGGAUCCUUUCAGUCGGCAGCCACUCAGCGAAGACAUGCUCACUCCAAUGCUCGACUUGAAAGAAAGGAUAUCUGUGUGGAAACAACAGAAGAAGAAAUCGACAAAUAUAUAAACGGUGCUAAUGUGACGAGAUUACGCGAGUAAAGAGAAGAGUAAAAAAAAAGAGCGAUGCAGAAAAAGAGAAAGACGAGCAUUAGAGAAUCUGACAUAAUAUUGUCGAUAUUGCACGAUAUUGAUCGAUUUCGAAGAACCGAUCGCCCAACAGGUAUUUUGAUCUAGUGCAGCCAGAAAGUAUAGUGCAAUGAUCUCGCUGUUGUGCAACAAUUGCGCUCAAUAAAUUUACAGUUUUUAUACAAUAAAACAUUAACAGACUGCAGCUAGAGAACUGCCAACAUUGCUCCAAUACUUUAGAAACUUGUAAAUAAUUGCUGACUAUGACGUCAGUAUCCAAAAUUAUAUUAUUCACAAAUAAGCUCUUUUUAUGUCCUUCGAUAUGUGUGGUGGCGGAUAUAGAACGAUAUUCCGCGGAAAUAUUAUGUUAAAUAGCAUAACUAGUAAUAUUAAAUGACUACUAUAUACUUCCACGAACUCGACAUUUAAAAAUAAAGCGACAUUGACGUAAAAUCUGUGCAUAAUAUUUAUAAUUUGUAAUGUUUCACUUAACGAUUAAUUAUCGCAAAAUUGAUAUCAGUUUUUCUCCUUACAUUUAUUUACAAAACAAAAAAAAA